UAUGUCUUAUUUAGAGCCCACUUAGUGAACCCUCCCGGUUCGAUCAUUCUGCAUGGUGUGAUCAAACUGUUGCAGGCCAUGUGUGCAUCUUUCAGCUCCCAUCUCAUCUGAUGAUUCCAGUGAAGAAAAUUCAUAUCACCUACCUGUAAAGCCCAUUUUUCAAACUUCAUUGCAAGGGCUGUAAAGUGAUACUAGAUCUAGAUUCUAGUUAUGUCUUUCUCACAUGAUCAAGAAGUCUACAUUUUGAGUGCAGUCAGGACACCCAUAGGCACCCUCAAUGGUGGUCUGUCUUCCCUACCAGCUCACUCUUUAGGUGCCAUUACCAUUAGAGAGGGGCUGAAGAGGGCCAGCAUAAAGCCAGAGGAUGUGUCCGAAGUGUGCAUGGGCCAAGUUCUCACUGCAGGCUGUGGUCAAAAUCCUGCUCGUCAAGCGUCAAUGGAAGCUGGAGUGCCCAAAGAAGUGCCUUCAACAAGCAUCAACAUGUUGUGUGGGUCGGGACUCAAAGCAGUUGCAAUGGGAUUCCAGGCCAUUCGGAGCAGGGAUGCUAAGUUGGUGGUAGCAGGAGGACAGGAGAGCAUGAGUCAGUCAGCUCACUGUCUUCACAUGAGAAAUGGAGUCAAAUUUGGGGACGCUUCUCUUGUGGACACAAUGAUCAAAGACGGUCUCACUGACGCCUUCAAUGGUUACCAUAUGGGGAUCACUGCUGAGAAUGUGGCUAAGCAAUUCAAUAUCUCCAGGGAAGACCAAGACCAAUUUGCUGCGGUGUCGCAACAAAGAACUGAAAAGUCGCAAAAGGAUAACCUGUUUGCUCAAGAGAUCGUUCCAGUGACUAUACAGUCAAGAAAAGCUACAACUACUCUGGAAAAAGACGAGUUUCCUCGUCAUGGCACCACUACAGAAACCUUGGCCAAGUUGCGACCAGCAUUUAUCAAAGAUGGCUCGGGUACAGUAACAGCUGGCAAUGCCUCAGGGAUCAAUGAUGGUGCAGCAGUUGUUGUGCUGGGUAACAAGGAGUGUGUGGAGUGUGGAUGUAGCAAGCCUCUGGCAAAAGUUGUGUCCUGGGCCCAGGCUGGAGUGGACCCCUCUAUCAUGGGAAUGGGGCCAGUACCAGCUGUGCGAGGAGCCUUAAGCAAAGCCGGCUGGUGUGUGGGUGAUGUGGAUUUGUUCGAGCUGAAUGAAGCAUUUUCGGCUCAGUCCUUGGCAGUUGUGAAAGAACUUGGUCUGGAUACCAAUAAAGUGAAUGUAUGUGGUGGUGCACUAGCUCUGGGACACCCUAUUGGAGCAUCUGGCUGUCGUAUUCUGGUUACUCUAAUCUACGCUCUGAUGCGAUCAGGUGGAAAGAAAGGUGUGGCAGCGCUGUGUGUAGGCGGAGGAAUGGGGAUUGCUGUUUGUGUGGAGCUCAUUUGAACACUGUGCGAUCUCUAAUACCAAUACCUAAUUUUUAUAUAAACUUUUUUAGCAGGUUUUUCAACACUACAAACAGUAAAAUUAAAUUUUCAAACAUACAUUGUACAACAGUUAAA